AUGAAUAAGGCUAUGAUGGUCAAAUGGAUCGUGAAAUUCAGGAACGAAACAUCACAUCUUUGGACGAAAGUUAUUAAGGCAAUACAUGGUAGGAAACGAAGCUACCCAUCCAUUCCAUUGAAGAGCUCGAUUACAGGUGUGUGGAAAAAUAUUGUAAAUUUAGGAAAGGGGCCGAACCUCAACUUAUCAGAUGUUCAAAAUAGGCUGGAAGUGCAAUUGGGAAAGGGUGACAAAACUUUUUUCUGGUUGGAUAAAUGGGCAGGGAAUUUUUCAUUACGGGAACGUUUUCCCAGCCUGUUUACUUUGGAAAAUGAAAAACAUUGCUUUGUGGAGCAACGUUAUUGUCUUAUGGAGGGGCAAAUCUCGUGGGUAUGGGGUGGUGGAUCCUUGGUCAAUCAUUCACAGGCAUCAGAGGAGUGGAACGAGUGUGUUAAGCUGCUGGAAGAUGUCAAGAUAGAGAUGAAAUCGGAUGAAUGGUUAUGGAGACAAGAUGAAACAAGAGAAGUAUUCAAAGUAAACCUCUUACGUACAGAGCUGGAUAGCAUUCAAAGCAUUCCGGAAACACAGGUUCUAAAAUGGCUAAGUUGGAUACCGAAAAAAAUUAAUUGCUUUUUGUGGAGGGCGGUGCUGGAUCGGAUUCCGACAAGGGAGGCUUUGGCGAUAAGGAACAUAAAUAUCCCCUCGGUUCUAUGUGCCUUAUGCGGUUCGACAUCUGAAUCGGUCGAUCAUUUAUUGAUCUCCUGUCAAUAUGCACAGUUAGUAUGGACGGCGAUAUCUUUAUGGGUCAAAAUACCUCUCCCGAGAUAUUUACUCAGCUUGGUCGAAUUAUUGGAACAUAUUGAGUCUUACUGUUCGUCGAAAGAGAAAAAGAAGGCAUUAUAUCUAGUUGCUGCAGCAACAUGCUGGACCCUUUGGCGGAUUCGAAACAAUCUAAUCUUUAAUCAGAAAACAACACACGUAUCAAGGGCGGUCGGAGAUGUCAAGGCACUCUCUUUUUUAUGGAUGAAAGCAAGGGCUGGAAAAAUGGAGCUGGUUUGGAAAGAAUGGGGCAAAUUUAAUUGUUUCAUGUAA